AUGGCGGCAAAUCAGAGGACCACCAAUGCUGCGGAGCUCUACCCUCUCGUUAUGGCAGAUGUCAUCGACGCGGCCCGCACCACCUUCGAAGACGCUGGUAUUCCCUCCUCUCUUCUCGCCGAGCUCGAAUCGCUUUGGAAGCAGAACCUCACAGAAGCAAAUAUCGGCGAGCUCUUCCCCUGGGAGCCCAAGCCCCCUUCUGCUUCCGCUUCCCCGGAACCCGAGCCCGAGCAAAGAAAGCCGGACAGGCGACGUAUCCUGCGGCCACCAAGCCCAACGCCGCCCGUGCCAGCGGAAAUGCCCCAGCACCCAACGCUACCUUUUCCCACAACAGCCGGCAGACCAGAGCUCCCGCCAUCCUUCACCUCGCAUAUUCUCAGCACGCACACAAAGUCCGAGAUCGCGCACAUGGAGCAUAUGAUGCGGCGCUCGCGCGAGCUCGCCAACUCCUCCGAUCCAAACGAGAUGGAGCGUAUGAUGGCGGCGAUCCGCCGCCAGGAGCGCCAGCGCCUCCUGAGGGAUGCGGACGAAAAGGAGGACACUGAGCGCCGCGAACGCUUGGAGGCGGCGCGGAACUAUGAAACCCGCCUUCGCGCAAACCGGUAUCUUACGUCGCGGAUGGCGCCGGCGCUGAACGCCAAUGCCGUUGACAUUGCGAGAGCGGCGGCGGCGGUUUCUGCGGCCCCAAGCAUCUGCUCGCGGGAUUCGGCAGCCAUCAAGAGGGCCGAGAGCCAGAAUCGGGCGGCGGCCGCAAUCUCUGCAAGGAAUAACGAGGCGAGAAAUGCUGCAAAGAGGGUUUACGAGGCGAGGCUUGCUGCGGCAAACGAUUCCAGGCAUACACAUGAGCGCCGUGUGCUUCCGCCGGCGAUGGCGGCCCCGAUUCCGGCACCGACCACAGGGAUGGAGUUCACUGGGUUCGCGGAAACGCACCGGCAGCGUGCGGCCGGUGCGCAGAUGCAGCGGCAGCCGAUCCCUCCUCAGUUGCCCCUACAAGGAACCACAUCGAUUGGUGGCAACAAUACCAGGCCCGCCCAGACCGAGCGAUGGCAGCCGCAAGGAGCGUUCUCAGCGCCCGCCGGCGUCUCGGCUGAUCAAUGGGCAUACCUCAGCACCAUACAAACGCCCAUGUCACCCGUGCAGCGGCGCGCCGACAGCGCACCACAGCAGACCGGCGGCAUCAGUUUAGGCGCGGAAGGGCAGCUCUACUGGGACAACACCCUCCCCUUCCAGCCAUAUGGCGGCACCAGCAAUAGCGCCUCGCCCGCCGACUCAUACAUCUGGAAACCUGCCACAGAAGCGCCCAUGGCUACACCUGAAGCGACCGAUAGCAACCAGCUCGCUCCUGAGUUGGAGGUUAAUCCUGAGCUACAGGCACUCGUCGAUAAGGCUUUCCCGCCUCAGCUCUCCAGUGAGGUCUUCCCGCCUCACCUGAGCCAGGCCUUUCCGCCCCAGCUUGACGGCAACGACGACAACGACGAGACCGAACUCGACGAGAACGACGACGAGACCGAACUCAACGAGAACGACGACGACGAUGCCAUCGGCCCUUGCGGUGAGGGGGACGAAGAAAGCAACGACGACGACGACGACGCUGAGGACAGCGAAAACACCAUCGUUUGCCUCUACGAGGCCGUCAAGAAGAGCAAGGUCAAGCGUGGUGGAACAAUCUGGAAGAUCCUGCUCAGGAAUGGCGUCUUUAUGGCGGCGGAUGGGCAGGAGUAUCCGUUUUACAGGGGCAGUACGGAGCUGGUUUGGUAG